CGAGGGUGGGGGGAGGAGAUAGAAACAGAGUGAGAGAGAGAGAAAGAAGGAACGAGAGAACGCAAGGAAAAGCAAAACAAAAACAAACAAAAGCGCGCGCGCCACCCGUAAAGGGGAAAAGAAUGCGCAAGAAAAGGACAAGAGCAACGCGUGCGCGAAAGCGAGAGUGAGGCGAGACAGAGAGAGCGAGACGCGCGCGCAAGGGAGACUCGGACUCACCGGUUGUUUUCCUCCUCCAGGACGCACACGCUGAACGAGCGCAACACGCGCGAGGCGCGGUGAGACGGGCAAUAGAACAGGCACCGGAUCACGUUGCCCUCUUGGGGGUGGGGAGGGGAGGGGGGGCACAAAGAUGACCGUGGUGCCCGCGGAGAACCUCGACGAGACCGUGGCACUGGCGGCCCUGUCCCCGGACGCCCAUGAGCCCGAAAGAGCGGACCAAGAGUGCUGCGAGCGUGUGGUCAUCAACAUCUCGGGCUUGCGCUUUGAGACGCAGCUCAAGACGCUGGCGCAGUUCCCAGCCACCCUGCUGGGUGACCCCAGGAAGAGGAUGCGCUUUUUCGACCCACUGAGGAACGAGUACUUCUUUGACCGGAACCGGCCCAGCUUCGACGCCAUCCUCUACUACUACCAGUCUGGCGGGCGGCUGCGCAGACCCGUGAACGUGCCAGUGGACGUUUUCAUGGAGGAGAUCCGGUUCUACGAGCUGGGCGAGGAGGUCAUCGACAACUUCAAGGAGGAUGAGGGUUUCAUUAAGGAGGAGGAGAAGCCGCUGCCUGAGAACGAGUUCCAGCGGCAGGUUUGGCUCCUCUUUGAGUACCCGGAGAGCUCCAGUCCGGCUCGUGCCAUUGCCAUCGUUUCUGUGCUGGUCAUCCUCAUCUCCAUCGUCAUCUUCUGCUUAGAGACACUGCCUGAGUUUAGGGAGGACGGAAAGGCACGAGAAGAAGAGCGGGCGGCCUGGAACGCGACGGGUCGCGCCGACUCACCCCUGCCACCACCGCCUAACCCUUUCACAGACCCCUUCUUUGUGGUGGAGACCCUGUGCAUCGUGUGGUUCUCCGUUGAACUGCUGGUGCGCUUCUUGGCGUGCCCAAGCAAGGCGGCCUUCUUCAGGAACAUCAUGAACACCAUUGACAUCGUGGCCAUCAUGCCCUAUUUCAUUACACUUGGCCUUGAGCUAGCUGAGCACCAGGGCAACGGUGGCCAGCAGGCCAUGUCGCUGGCCAUCCUCAGGGUCAUCCGGCUGGUACGCGUGUUCCGCAUCUUCAAGCUCUCGCGACACUCCAAAGGCUUGCAGAUCUUGGGCAAGACACUCCAGGCGAGUAUGCGUGAGCUGGGCCUGCUCAUCUUCUUCCUCUUCAUCGGGGUCAUCCUGUUCUCCAGUGCCGUUUACUUUGCAGAGACUGAUGACCCUGAGUCUGGGUUCAGCAGCAUCCCAGACGCCUUUUGGUGGGCAGUGGUCUCCAUGACCACUGUGGGCUAUGGGGACAUGUGCCCAGUGACCAUUGGGGGCAAGAUCGUGGGCUCGCUGUGCGCCAUCGCUGGCGUGCUGACCAUUGCACUCCCAGUGCCUGUGAUCGUGUCCAACUUCAACUACUUCUACCACAGGGAGACAGAGCACGAGGAGCAGCUGCAGUACACGCACGUAACAUGUGGCCAGCAGCAGCAGCAGUCCUCGUUUGGAGAGCUGAGAAAGAGCCCCAGCAGGCCGUCCCUCUCCAAAUCGGACUACGUGGACUCGGACGACGCAGACUCGAUCAAAUACACGAACUGCAGCCCUCACAAAGCCUACACGGGAAAGCUUACCGACGUGUGACGCUGAGGGGUGAAAGGAAAACGAAGAAAAAACAACAAAAAACAACAGCGUGCGCACCAGUAGCGCACGUGACUCCAUUUCUCAUCCCCCCUUUGCGCUCCGGCUUGAGUCCAUUUGGCUGAGCUCUUAUGUCCAAGCAUGUGUUGCAGCGAAACGGAGUCUUUUAUUUGGAGGAAUAAGAUGUGAAAGUGGAGCGUUGGAGUUUCUUGCUUUUGUUUUCUGUUCAUUUUCUUUUUUUUUUCCAAACUUGUCUUCCAUAUUGGCAAUGAUUGGUAUCAAGACGCACGAAGUGG